AUGUACGAAGAACAUACAGAACUAGCAAAAAAUGAAGCACCUAAGCAUAUUAAAUUACCUAGAGAAGAUAUUACACCAGAAUUUAUAGCUUGGGUUCGUGAACGAAGAGCUAUAGAAAGACGUAAAAGAGAACGUCAAUUGAAAUUCGAUCCAAAAUAUGAUUUUAUUAAACGAGAGCUAUUAGAAAUUCCUCAUCCUGUGGAUGAAGAAUUAUCAUUGAAUGAUACAAACUCUAUUAAUGUUAAGAUCAUGACUUAUAAUAUUCUUGCGCAGUCACUGAUUCGUAGAGAAUUAUUCCCAGAGGCCCAUGAUGCGAUCAGGUGGUCAAAUCGUUCUAGGACAUUUAUUAAUUUAUUCAGAUUUUAUGACGCAGAUGUGAUAUGUAUGCAAGAGGUAGAUAUUCAACAAUGGGAGAAAUUUUGGGUUCCACAAAUGCAAGAAUUGGGAUAUGAAGGUCGAUUCUUUAGGGGCACACGGACAAAAGUUCAUGGAGUAGCUAUAUUUUGGAAAGUUGAAAUGUUUGAUUGCGCUGAUAAAUUAGAGAUCAAUUUAGACAAUAAAAUUGAUUUACCAAAUGAGGUUUAUGGGGUUUCAACUACACGAACAAAGACUAGAAAUGCGGCAUUGAUUCUUGCAUUGCAGUUUAGACAUAAAAGGGGUAAAAGAAAAGGGAUUCUCAUUGGAACAACUCAUCUAUUCUGGCACCCAUUUGGUACAUUUGAGAGAGUAAGGCAACUAUACUUAAUUUUAGAAAAUUAUAAAAAGUUUAUUGUUAGAAUGAAUGGUAAUACUACAGAAACUACAUGGCUACCAUUUCUAACUGGUGAUUUCAAUUCUCAACCCAGCGAUUCGCCAUAUUUAGCACUUACUUCAAAACCGACUGAUUUUAAAGGCCAACAAAGAGCCAUCUUAGAGUGUAGUGCAACUUAUAGGUACUCUAAAAGAAGAAAUGGAACUUUACAACAUGAGAGUGAGAGUGAGAGUGAGAGUGAUGAGCAUGAGGAUGAGAAUGAGCACGAGGACGAAGAAGGUGAAAAUAUUAUGCAAUCAAAUCCCACUGAUGCAAGACCAAAAAUAUUCCAUGCCAAUGAGGAACAAAGGAAGUCAGUAAAUGAACUACAAAAGAUCUACAAUAUGCUAGACUUGAAAGCAACGUCAUUAUACAGUUUAGGUUACCGCUAUGUGCAUCCGGCUAAUACAGUCUUUGAAAAUAUGCAUAAUGGUGAACCAGAAAUGUCACAAAGUGCAAUAAAUUGGACCGGUUUAUUAGAUUAUAUAUUUUUUAUUGAUAAAUGGGACGGUUCCGUGUUGGGAAAUACAAGCGACAUUGGAAUACAUCGUUUUGAGGAAAAGAAUUUAUUCCGCAUCAACGCUUUACUGCGUAUGCCACGUAAGGAUGAAAUGCCUAAACAUGUACAACCUCAUAUGUCAGAGUUCCCUAGUGAUCAUUUAUCAAUGAUAUGUGAUUUACAGAUUAAAUUAUAG